AUAUGGUGUGGGCGGAGUCGGAAUUCUGCAAAAGUCCCGUCCCAUUUUUUACUGAGUAUUAUCAACAUCUGGGCAGAUUCUCUUCGAGAGGUAGAGCUGUGCACUCCUUCGUGCCCUAUAAAUAAAGAUCCAUGAGUACAUCAGAGGGUGUCCGAAAGCGCCAUAAGGUUCAGCCCAGUGGCACCAAUGUGGGGCGGAAAGAGAGGAAAGCGGAGACGGGCCAGUGGGGGAGAGCAUGGGAGGUGGACUGGUUCUCGUUGACUGGUGUGAUUCUGCUGCUGUGCCUGGCCCCAUUCAUCGUCUUCUUCUUCGUCAUGGCGUGUGAUCAGUACCAGUGCUCAGUCAGCUUGGUUCUGCUGGACAUGUACAACGGAGACGCCAGUCCACUGAGCAUCUGGAAGCAAGCGCCUUCAUUCACAUGGACCGCUGCCAAAAUCUACGCCACCUGGGUCACCUUCCAGAUGGUGCUGUAUAUGUGCAUUCCAGAUGUUACCCACAAGGUGCUGCCAGGUUACGUAGGAGGGGUGCAGGAAGGAGCUCGUACACCAGCAGGCCUGAUUAAUAAAUAUCAGAUCAACGGACUGCAGUGCUGGAUUAUAACGCAUGCUUUAUGGGUGGCCAAUGCUUAUCACUUCCACUGGUUCUCUCCCACCAUCAUCUUCGACAACUGGAUCCCGCUGCUGUGGUGCACCAACAUCCUCGGCUACACUGUUUCCAUCUUCGUUUUUAUCAAGGCCUACUUGUUCCCUACCAACCCAGAGGACUGCAAAUUCACAGGAAACCUCUUUUACGACUUCAUGAUGGGCAUCGAGUUCAAUCCACGCAUCGGAAAGUGGUUCGACUUCAAGCUCUUCUUCAACGGCCGGCCCGGGAUCGUCGCCUGGACUUUGAUUAAUCUGUCAUACGCUGCCAAGCAACAGGAGCUCUAUGGUCAUGUGACCAACUCCAUGAUCCUGGUCAAUGUGCUGCAGGCCAUCUAUGUGUUAGAUUUCUUCUGGAAUGAAGCCUGGUAUUUGAAAACGAUUGAUAUCUGCCACGAUCACUUUGGUUGGUACCUGGGCUGGGGCGACUGCGUCUGGCUGCCUUUCCUUUACACACUACAGGGCCUGUACCUGGUCUACAACCCAAUCCAGCUCUCCACGCCUUACGCCUGGGCCGUCCUCGUCCUCGGCCUGGUCGGCUACUACAUCUUCCGCUCGGCCAACCAUCAGAAGGACUUGUUCCGGCGCACGCAGGGUGAGUGCAAAAUCUGGGGCAGCAAGCCAACCUUCAUCGAGUGCUCGUAUCACUCCGCUGAUGGCGGCAUUCAUAAGAGCAAGCUGCUCACAUCAGGCUUCUGGGGCGCCGCACGUCACCUUAACUACACAGGCGACCUGCUGGGUGCGCUGGCGUACUGCAUGGCAUGCAGCCACGGGCACCUGCUGCCCUACUUCUACAUCGUCUACAUGACUAUCCUGCUGCUGCACCGCUGUAUCCGCGAUGAGCAUCGCUGCAGCAGCAAGUACGGUAAGGACUGGAAACGCUACACGGCCACCGUGCGUUACCGCCUACUGCCUGGAAUCUUCUAGAACAACAGAAAGUUAUCGCCUUGCUUCUCAUAACUUCACUUAAUUGUGUGUGUGGGACUGUAUCUGUUUUCCUUCAGUGUUUUUUUUUUUUUUUUGGUUCAACAGCCAUCAGAAUUAUUUUAGUUCUUGACUGGAUUUAGUACAUGUUAACUUCUCUACCUCAUUUCAUGUCAUUUGGUUGUACCUGGAUUUUAAAGCUCAUGCAGGAAACUGAUGUAAAUUGAUUCAUAUUUACUAUUGUUUUAUGACCAAUUUGUAAAGUAGCUGUGUGUGUGUGUUUAUUCACAUAAUAUUCAGUAUGAAAGUAGGCACUACUUCUAUGCAUUUUAAAAGACACUUACAUGUUUUAUACAAAGGCUUUUGGAAGAAUUCUUGCGUAGCCUAAAAGCAACAAACAACCCAAUACAGCUCUGUGUCAGAGUUUAUUUUAUAAAAAGCUUUCAGCAUGAACAGUUUCUACAAUGCACAGAUGAAAAUUAGGUUAAAGCCAAGUACCAUAUUCUAAAUAGAAUGAAGUUUAAAUUGUUGCUGAGUUUCCCAUAUUACAAUUUUCUUUUAAAACAUACUCAGUAUGUAAAUGGUAAUCGAUAAUGAAAUAUACAGUAAUUUGUAUAGUACAUAUUAAUUUGUCUUAGGAUGUUUUUUGUAAUAGCACACCCAGUGGUUAAACUUUUGCAUUCCAGUUUAUAAAAAUAUUAUAGAGGACUUUUUGUUUUCUCAGUAACAUGACAAACUGUGGGGUUUUUUUUUGUCUUAUUCACUUCAAGAGAGAAAAAAAAUAGAGGCUGGUGUGGGAGAAUGACUGUUCAUGGAUAUUCCACAAAAAUAAAUGUAUCUACAAAUGGAUAAAA